AAAGCUGUUCGCUCUUGAAAGACUUACUUAGUUCCGGUGACUACCAAAACCAGCUCAUCGGGCUCAAGUUCAAGGUCUUUUUAUCUUCGUUGUUGACCGUUACAUUUGGACUAUCAGGGAAAAGAACAAAAUAUGGCUUUGACGCUUCGAAUUUUAUUAGCUAUCACCUUCAUUGGUUCAUAUUGUUAUGGUCAAAGACCCCAAGGUGGUAUAGGAAGUAUUUUUGAUCUAGUUCGACCAACUAAUUCGGCCUGUACUGGUGACACAGGGGACAAGGGAAGUUGUCUUACAAGUCGAGAUUGUGCCGAAAGAGGAGGUCACAGCAUUGGAGUGUGUGCUAACGGCUUAGCUCAAUGUUGUUAUUUUAAAUUUACAUGUGGUGGCGUAACAAGCAGGAAUGAAACUGUUUUUGUGAAUCCCAGCUAUCCACAAGGUGAAAAUGGUACUGAUACUUGUCAAGUAACAGUUGAAAAACAACCAAAUGUUUGUCAACUUCGAUUAGAUUUUGAAGAAUUCAGUUUAGCACAACCAGAUGUUUUAGGACUUUGCACAAAGGAUUCUUUUAUGGUCAGAACUACUGUUGGGGAAAGAUUACCUAUUUUAUGUGGAGAAAAUCGUGGACAACAUUUGUACAUUGACAUGGGUAGGGGCACAGGUAAUCCUGUAGUUCUGAGUGUUGUAAGCAACGGAGAUAGAAUGACAAGGAAAUGGAAGAUUAAGAUUUCAAUGGUGGAAUGCAAUGCAAAUGAUAUGGCUCCUCCUGGUUGUCUUCAAUACUACAGAAGCCCAAGUGAAACUGUACGAAGUUUUAAUUUUGGAAACCCAAUUGAGGAACGUGUUAGAUACCUGAGCAAUUUGAGAUAUACAGUAUGCCUGAGAGUCGAAGAAAAUUUCUGUUCAAUCAAAUGGGAAACAGAAAAAGCUGAUUCCUUUAGUUGGGGUUUACCAAAAGAUGCAGGAGCCUCUGGAAGUACAUGCAAUGACGAUGAUUUUAUAACAAUAGAUCAAGGAUCCCUCGAUGGAUAUGGAGCUGGUGAAGACAGAUUCUGUGGCACAAGUUUAUUAGAUAGAAACACUGUAAUAUCUCGAAGUAAGCCGUUUUUGUUGAAAGUUCGCAGUAACAGCAAUGCUAGAGAAAAUGCUGCAGCUUCUCAAAAUGGGUUUUCACUGAGAUAUAUUCAACUACCUUGUAUGAUUUGAGCUGGUCUCAUAAUUAGUAAGUUAUUGAUUUGAAAGGAAGCAGGUUCUUCUGUAUCAUUUGUAGAAAUCAGAAUGUAUUAUUUAUUUAUUUAUCCAUUCCAUUACAUUGAGUAAUGCCUCAAAAUCAAGCCGCUGUAUUCGAGACAAUAAAUUAUUACGGAAAUUUUAUUUUUCUUCUCAAGAUUUCUAUAUGAAUUAUUUCACUGUAAUUAUUAUUUAUGAUUUUGUACAGAGAUUAUAUUUCUUUUCCUUUUUGUAAUGAAUAAAUUAAUAAAGUUCUUUUCAUGAUUCUAAAAAAAAA